UCUCAGGUUUUUUAGGAAUGCUUUCAGAGAAUACAAAAGCAUUCCUUGCAAAAUGUAAAAUGGGAGUUAGUCAGUUACACAACAAUCGGGAUCCGCCAAAUUACCACAUGGCCGUACUUUGCUGGUCAUUUCACACCACACCACAAAACCCACCGGAAGUUUGAUGUUUUCCUCAUAAAUUUAGAUGUGAAUCGAAACCAGCCACUCCAGAAUCAGUUUCAGACCUAGAGCGUCUGUACAUAUGUUGCGCGAAGACCCCCCACCGCGCCAAAAGAGUUGGGUGGGACCCACAUACAGAGUAACCAUAAUUAUGCUGGUCAUCGGACAGAUUCAGGUCUCGGUGGCCAUGGAGAUCUCACCCCUCAAGGAAUUUUUCGGGGAACGCUACUACCUCAGUCUCGUGCAGUUUGUCAUCAGCUUCCUCUCCAUCCAGCUCUACGGAUUCUUCUACCACAUCAUCGCUAAGAAGCCUAUGUGGGUACGGGUAUUGGCGGGCCUCUGGACGUACGAGGUGAACACCUUGUCGAUCAUGAAGCCCGCCAAAAGAGCCCCCUACGUAAGCCUCAUCCUGUCCAUUCUCCUAACCUUCCUCAUGAUGAUCAUCAGUGUGAUAUACGGGAAUAAGGCGGUGAAACACCAUAAAGGCCUUUUCACUUCCCGGCACAAGGUGAUCCUGUGGAGCGAGCGGAUAUUUGUACUCACCUGCUUUGGCAUCAUCGUGUGUGCCGAGAUGAAGCGUGUUAUCAUCGAGUUUCCUACCCUGCUGGUAUACACUAUUCUCUCGAGCGUGUUCGUCAUAGUCUUUGCCGCCUCCAUGCGAAGGCCGAACUUCUACCGCCAGGAGUCGGAGGCGGAUUACAUUCUGAUCGGCCAGCUGUACUACCUUAACUGCUUUGCCCUGUACAUGGGCUACGUGUGGACGACUGCGUCGUUUAUAGAACUGAUGGAAUGGAACGCGGACAUUCAUGAAAUAUUCGUGUUCCUGUUCUAUCGGAAGGACGUCGAAUGAGUGGGACGCAUGCGUGGACUAUCGAAACAGCUGGGACAGAAUGUUUACGCGAGACGAGGCUGUGUCUGUGGCAAUUGGUCAGUUGCUCGAUGUCGAUGGGGCAAGUUGGUCUGAGUGGCGCGACUGCUGUCGUCGUGAUUCGAUUCGGUUUGCCGGAAAAUCGAUAGCUGUUUUCUUGGCACGCGCAUCUUAAGCAAAAACGCUGAA